GACGUUGGAAUGAAUGUGGGGUAGCGACUCCCCAUAAAAUGUGAGCUGCGCAUGUCUAUCGAGUGAAGCACAAAAGCGCUACGCCACUUGCUUACAUUUGAAAAUACAACAAUCUUACAUCUGUUUGUGUGGAUCUCUUCUUAAUAUGAAGUUCAGAGCACAAUUCCAAAUACACAAGAUCAUCAGGAUUGCAUUCUCUCCCUGAAAGAUCUUCAACAAAUCAAGCAACUGCAUCCCUACUUUAGCGAUCCUAGCAUCUCAUCACACAACAUCGUCAAACUCACCAAACGUCGAAUUCAACAUGUUUGAGCACUUCAUUCCCCGCCACAUUCCUCCUCUUCUGCUUGCCACGAUCAUAACCAUAGGCGGCACCGCACCUCUCUGGAACGCCGAAAACGCCAUCCGAACAUUCGGCUUCAAUGAAAAGAUUGCUGUUUCCAAACCUGCCCAUCCCGUGAUGGUAUCCGGCUCGGCACGCGUUACUGUCGUUGGUUUGGCACUAUGGGGCUUGUAUUUCGGCGAUCAUUUCGAAGCGAUGGAUGUUGUGAUUGCAUCUUUGGGAUAUUUGGCCUUUGUGGAUGGGUAUGUUUGUUGGAAGCACGGGGUUCCAGGAAGUGUUGCUUUUAGAACAAUUAGUGCUGGGGUCAUUUCUCUUUGGGGGUUCUUUGGUAUGACAACCGGUAAAUAAUGCUUUAUCACUAAGACCGAGUAGCUUGGGAACUUGCCUGGUUCUUUGGCUGUCUUUUCGGUAGGAUAGCUACCCACCUCUGACGACCUGGGAUGUGGUGGAAACAAGACAAGUCCAUAUUGAAAACCCCCAUGAUACCUUACUUUGUGCACAUUAAAACAUCAAUUAUAAGCACAGAAGCUCAGCAUGGAUAACUUUCAAGACUCCAUCUCGCUGCCAGUAUCUCCACGGAGCACAGGUCGAAGCGUGAAGUGAAAAAAAUCGCCAUUCCUUCGCCA